UUUGGUUUAGUGGAACAACUCAUGUUCACAUUUUGAUAAAUGUUUAUGAAUAUCUUCCUGCUUUUACUUAUUAAUUAGUUAGAAGAACAUUGAUCAAUUUCACAUUAUUUCAAUAACUUGUGUAUUUGGUGAUCCUAGUGCUUACUUAUGGUCUGCUGACUUUACUUACUGAGGCCUAAGAAGAGCUAGUUUAAUUUAUCCCUUUGCAAUGUCUAUGGUAUGUCAAAAAUGUCGAAAGCAACUGCCAUUGCCACCACAAAGUAUACUAUUUCGUUGUGCGUGUGGCAAUAUGAUUCCACUAGGCAAUAGUGAGAGGUCACUGCCAAUCCAAGAACAUGGUAGAUUCAGUUCUAAAAUGAGAAGAUUCAGAGAUAAAUUUAGGAGAAACAGCUCAAGAGAGAACAGCCGAUCUCCUUCUCCCAGUGUUAGUCCACGUUUGUCUCUUAUUUUCACAAAGCCAGCACCAAGUGGGAAGCGCGCACUUCUUUGUGGGGUGACUUACAAGAAGGAGAAAUUCAGACUUAGAGGAACAUUGCAUGAUGUACACAGCAUGAGUGACUUGCUGGUUCGGAAAUUUAACUUUACAAAUGAUUCCAUUCUUAUUCUAGCAGAAGAGGAGGCAUAUAAACCUCCAACUAGGAGAAACAUCCUGGAGGCUUUCAAGUGGUUGAUGGAAGACCUUAAAUCAGGUGACUCGUUGGUGUUCUACUUCUCAGGACAUGGCUUACGACAACCUGAUUUUUGUGAUGAUGAACUAGAUGGUUUCGAUGAAACGAUCUGUCCUCUUGACUUUAGGACUAAUGGCAUGAUCAGUGAUAAUGACAUCAAUGAUAUUCUUGUUAAACCACUGCUUCCAGGUGUUACACUUCAUGCUAUCGUUGAUGCUUGUCAUAGUGGAACUGUUCUUGACUUACCUUGGGUAUACAAAGAGAAUAGAUGGGUUGAUAACAGACCCCCAUCCGGUGCUAACAAGGGUACGAAGGGUGGUAAGGUCUUCGGUUUCAGUGCUUGCAGGGAUAAUCAACUAGCUGCAGAUACCUCUGCUUUCUCUGCUGAAAAAACUAUGAUGGGUGCCAUGACUUACACAUUUAUUAAAGCUAUCUGGGAAAUUCCAGAUAUAACAUACCAAGGAUUACUUGAUCAUAUGCACAAGGCAAUCGAAAAUGUUAACAAAGCUAGAUGUCCACUGUUGAAGAUACUGCAACGCAAGAUAGACCAGGAACCAGUGUUAUCAUCUUCUGAAAAAUUCAACACUAACACAAGGUUCAAGCUCUAAUUCUUCUGCAGAAAGACGAAUUUGGACCUACAUAUUUCCAGUUCCAUCAUAAAAUGAAGGCGUGGGCGCUGC